AUAUCCAAAAAGAAGAUGCCUAACAAGAGAAAUGCAGUAGGAUCGCCAUCAAGGGCCAUGGGGAAGAAAAGAAGAACGAGCAGCAGGACAGGAGGAAAGAAAGUACAGAGUGAAGAAAUUGCACAAAAGAAAGACGGAGCUGGCCGGAAAAGACAUGUCAAGAAAACAAAAGAGGGUUAUUUAUCGCAGGAACAAGGCUACAAGAUGUUGCGCAUUAGUUUGACCGUCAUUCUAGUUAUCGUACUAUUGGAGAAAUCUUACGGAAGAGAACAAUAUGGAGAUUACUGUGAAAGGUUUGGUCUAGAUGAAAUAGAACCUUUUAUAUUCAAUGGAGAAAGGUUUUGUCUGAGUGAUAGAGAAUACAAGUACUGCAAAAGCUACAACUGUCCAACUCCAGAUUGUACUUACCCAUUAAGACCUGCUACUGGAGGGUGUCAGUAUUGUAAAGAUUAUUGUAGCUAUGGUGGAAUAAUGUACCCUAUUGGUGGCGGAUUUUCUAUCAAUUGUCUGGAUGGAUCAAACAGGUGUGCGUGUAGUACAAACAAUCGGAUUCUCAAAACACGUAUUGGAACUAGUCCAAGAAGAAUGUGCUUUAAAAAACUGACAUGAUGUGUUUGGAACCUAUAGUCUCUCACUUUCCUCCUCAAAAACUUA